AUGAUUAGGUAUGUGGCUGCAUUGUUGCUUGUGACGGUGGGUUUGGUUGGGGCUCAGCCUGAGGUUCAGUCUAAGAAGAUCAAUAUACGACCGCUAAUUUCCAAGUAUUAUGUUCAUUUGAUUAACGAUCUAAGCAGCCCCGAUAUGACGGUGCACUGCAAGUCGGGCGACGAUGAUUUAGGAUUUCAUCAUUUACAUAAGGGAGAGGAUUUCCAAUUUCACUUUAAGAUUAAUUUUUGGAAAACAACUCUGUUUUGGUGCACAGUGGAAAAGCCAAAUGCAUAUAUCUCUUUCCAAUGCUUUUGGCCGGAGAGGAAGAGCUCAUGGCUACGUGAUAGGUGCAAAGAUGGAGAUGUAGGAAGUUGUAUCUGGAGGAUUAAAGAUGAUGGAAUUUACUUGAGAUUCAAUGCAGCUAAUACCGAAGAAUUGAUUCAUAAAUGGAUCAUUACGAGAUAA